GUUUUGGGCCACAAGGAGAUAAGAGGCGCAACAGUAGAUGAAAGGCUCCAGAGGAAUGGAGAAACGGAACCAGGGCGCAGAGACCGGCUGCAUCUAAAACAUAAAGGGAGUGUGGGUGGGAUACCUGAAUGGGACCAGGGGGAUGAAUGGUGUGACAGACAGUUUUUGUAAAGAUUUGGGCUUAUAUUCCAAAAUGGCAUGGAUGUGCGCCCACGCAAAUGCGCACUUUGCAAAGAUGACAUAGCACUUAAGCAAAAUGGGAUUCCUCCAGGAACAUAAUUCACUAACGACCUGGAUGAAAACAGAAAAGGGAUUCUAUUGAAAACGGGAGUUUAUUUUUAUUUUUUUGGUGGGGUGUAUUUUGUUAUUCUUUUUACUUGACAAGCUGAACUCAAGAUUAAAACAUGAAUCUGGGCAAAGCACUUCUGUUUUUCCUCCUCUCAAAUUGUGUGACAAUGAGUUUCUCGUUAUCCACUUGCACCACCGUGGACAUCGACCACAUCAAGAAAAAGAGAGUGGAAGCGGUCCGGGGACAGAUUCUCAGCAAACUCCGGAUGACGAGUCCGCCUCAGACGACAGGUCCGAGUCAGGUACCAUUCCACGUCCUGGCCCUCUAUAACAGCACCAAGGAGCUGAUAGAGGAGCUGGGGAGGGACCGGCAGCAGAGCUGCGGCCAGGAUAACACAGAGACUGAGUACUACGCCAAAGAGAUUUACAAGUUCAACAUGAUCAAUGGUCCACAGGAAAACAAUGACCUUCCCUUCUGCCCUAAAAGUAUGACUACCAAGCUUUUCCGCUUCAACGUAUCAAGGAUGGAGGAGAAUGCCACCAACCUGUUCCGGGCCGAGUUUCGAGCCUUUCGGAUCCCCAACCUAAGUGCCACGAAAAAUGAGCAGAGGAUUGACCUCUAUCAGGUGCAGAUCCUCCAAAGAGGCAAACAGCGCUACAUCGGAGGCAAGAACGUCCUGACCAAGGGGACCGCUGAGUGGGUCUCCUUUGAUGUUACAGAGACAGUGAGGGAGUGGCUGAUGUACCGACACACCAAUUUUGGCCUGGAGAUAAGCGUGCACUGUCCUUGCAACUCUUUCAGGCGUAAUGGUGAAAUCGAAAACUUGAACGAAGUGCUGGAAGUCAAAUUCAAAGGCGUGGAAGGAGACGAUGACGAUCCGAGCCGUGCGAAAAAGGAGCAGCUGUACCCUCACCUCAUCCUCAUGAUGAUUCCUCCCCACAGGCUGGAUGUCCACUCCUCCUCCCGCAGGCGCAAGCGGGCACUCGACACCAAUUACUGCUUCAACAAUUAUGAGGAAAACUGCUGCGUUCGACCACUAUAUAUUAAUUUCCGUCAGGAUCUGGGUUGGAGGUGGAUUCACGAGCCUGAAGGCUACUAUGCAAACUUCUGCUCUGGUCCUUGUCCCUACAUUCGUAGUACAGACACCACCUACAGCUCGCUGCUGAGCCUCUACAACACCCUGAACCCAGAAGCCUCCGCCUCACCCUGCUGCGUUCCUCAGGACCUGGCGCCCCUCACCAUCCUCUACUACGUGGGACGCUCCCCAAAAAUCGAGCAGCUCUCCAAUAUGGUCGUCAAGUCCUGCAAGUGCAGCUAAGCUUCAGGGAUUCAGCGGCGAGCAGACAUGGGAAGAGAAGCCUUGGAGGAGGAUGAGGGUGGAAUUUAAAUUGGGCAGGAUGCAAUUUGUCCUGGACGACCCCCGCCCCACCCUCUCUUCUGCUUCAGCCUUGCCCAAGAAGACAAAGCAACCCACUGAUCUCCUUGCAAUAAUUGGCAGCAUAUACGAAAACUCAUCAGAGACCACUUCACCAUGACUGACAUCAGUAUUACUUGUGUUUGUCCUAAUUACUAUUAGAGCAUUUUGAAAAGCCUGUACCUCACAUGACUAUUGCCUGUUUUCACUGAAUGAGGAACAAGAACAACCAUCUCGGUGUAAAUCUCAAGGACAAUAAGUGUUUGCAACCAAGAAGAGGCUGUGAAUGUGAACGGGACUCAGCAUGCAUCAGAAAGGGGGUAGAAUGAGUUGAUUUGUCUGCUAGGAGCAAACCACGACACGCAUGCUAAAAUCCAACUUGGAAGCUGCACUGUGCACGCCACAGCUCCCUACAUUGUCUGAGGAGUUUAUGCUGUUUAAUGAAAAUGACAUCAGUGGGAAAAAAAAAAAAAAGAAAACAUGCUGGAAUCUGAUUUUCAUUUCAUCAUAUUUACCUCUGUAAUGCAACAGCAUGGUGAUUCCAGGGAUUGUUUCAUUUUAAAGUGAAGCCUUUCUGUUAUUCUGAGAUGAUGUAUGUCACUAAAUGAACUAAACUAGAUCACAAACUGUAAAUGUUUUUCUUACUCAUGAAAACACUUUUAGUUUUUUUGUUUGUUUUUUUUUAUUAAAAACUGACAAUCUGA